AUGGAUUAUGCAAGUUCAGAGACAACAGUUAUGCCGCUAGAUUUAUUACGAGAAAUUACUAAUGAUUUCUCCGAGGAGCGUAGGAUUGGUAGCGGUUCCUAUGGAAAGGUUUACCUGGGAGUGCAUCAACAUGGCAAAAGGAUUGCUGUGAAGAUACUCUAUGACAUGCCAGGAAUUGAUGAUGAGCAGUUUCAGAAUGAGUUUAACAAUCUUACAAGGCUCAGACAACAAAAUAUUGUGCGAUUAGUUGGCUAUUGCCACAAUAUUCAGGAAGUACAAGUAGAGUACAAAGCUAAAUUGGUUCUUGCUGAAAAGACACAUAGAGCGCUCUGCUUGGAGUAUAUGUCUAAUGGAAGCCUUGACAAGUAUCUUUCUGAUGAGUGUGAUAGAUAUGAUUGGCAGACAGGCUAUGGAAUAAUUAAGGGGAUUUGCCAGGGUCUGAAAUACCUCCACAAUGAAUUAAAACCUCCUGUUUAUCAUUUGGAUUUAAAACUAGCCAAUGUAUUACUAGAUGAGAACAUGGUUGCCAGAAUCGCAGAUUUUGGGAUGUCAAGGCUCUUCAGAGAUGAAAAAACACGAGCUACAAAUAGUUCUUUAGGAACAAUUGGGUAUUUACCGCCGGAAUACAUUUGCAAUAAUUUAAUCUCAAAUAAGUUCGACAUAUUCAGCUUGGGUGUUGUAAUCAUAAAGAUAAUGGCAGGACAUGCGGGCUACUUCAAUAGCGCUAACAUGUCUUCCCAGGAAUUCAGCAAUGUUGUGCAGUUAAUCUGGACAAAUAGGCUACUUGAAACAUCAAACCUGAGGAAGGCAUAUUCCGAACAAAUUAUAAAGGACGAUGAUCUCGAAGAGCUCCGAGAGCUCAGUUCUAUUGAUUAUAAAAUGGUAUGUCAUGAUGGACAUGAGGGGUCCAUUGCCACAGUUACAGAAUACAUGGUUAAUGGCUCACUUAGGACGGCUUUGUGGAAGAAUUCCAAGAGCCUUGGCCGACACAAGAGAUUAAUUAUAGCCAUGGAUGCAGCUUUUGGAAUGGAGUACUUGCAUCACAAAAACAUAGUGCACUUUGACCUCAAAAGUGACAAUUUACAUGUUAAUUUAACGGAUCCACUACGCCCAAUAUGCAAGCAAAUCAUUGGAUAUGUUUGUACAUCCUUUUAUCUCAAGUCGAUGCCAUGGAUCGCGUUCCAGAAAAUUGGUGACUAG